AUGUCACAACAACGCCAACAAAGACAACUACCGAGAAACCAAAUUUUUGAUGACCAUGUGGAGGAACCACAAGAAGUUGACCAUCGACUUCAAUUGAGUGAUUCAGAUGAUGAUGACAAGAUUGAUCAAGCGCUUACCCAAUUGGAUAUGUCGGACUUUGACAUGGAAGCUGGUGGGCUAGAUGAUGGUGACGACUAUGACGGUGGUGAGCCUUUAUUCAUUCCCUCGGAUGAAGAGGAGGAUGAGGACUUCAAGGAUAUAUCCGAUGACGACGAAGAUGACUACGAUGACGAAUACAACUUUAAGGACGCCCUUAAGGGUGCUAGUAACUUCAAGGUACGCAAUCGAAGAGAAAAAUUGUCAAAACACAACAAGUCAUACUACAGGAAACGCAUGAUGAGGGCAGAUAACCGUGAAUUAGACCCAGAAGUGCGAAUGAAUUUGUCUCUUGCAAAUGAGGCCUUUGUUCGCAAUGAUUUACAAAGUGCUCAGCAAUUAUACGUCGAUGUUAUCAAAAGGGAUCCCAAAAACUUCAGUGCUUACAAAGCAAUUGGAGAAAUCUACAAGUCACAGGGGAAACUAGACGAAUGUUGCAGCUCUUGGCUCUUGGCUGCUAAUUUACAUCCUUGGGAUAGUGACUUCUGGGGUCAAGUGGCAGAAUUAUCAAAUGAGUUGGGCCACAUUGAUCAAGCAAUUUAUUGUUAUACCAGAGCAAUCACCUCAGAUACAAGACGAAGUGCCAAUUUCAUCCUUGAAAGAGCACUCCUUUACAAGGAAAAGCGACAGUUUGGUAAAGCAUUGGAUGGAUUGCAAAAGAUUCGACAGUUGUACCCUCAAGACGCCAACAUUGUAAAGUACUUGGCGGGAGUUUAUCUGGAACAGAAGCGGUUAAAUGAUGCCAUAAAUUUGUACAUGAGGAUUUUGGACCAGAAUAUCAAUACUCAAGGCGAUAGCGAGGAACAGUAUCCCAAAUUUGACUGGCCAGAGUUGAAUAUAUUGUUGGAGUUGCAUGUUCAACAUCGUUCUCUCAAAUUGGGUAUCAAUGUAUUGAAAUUAGCUGCUAGAUGGAUACAAGGCAGAAUGGAUGAAACAUGGUGGGACGAAAAUGAUGACUCCGAGUUUGACUCAAAGAGACGGUUCAAAAAGUUGAGCCAGUUAAAAUCUUCUCGUGAUUUAGCUGAUUUCAAAACCAAGCCUUACGAACUUCCCAUAGAUAUAAGGUUUAAGUUAGGAAUCCUUCGAUUGGGAUCAGACCAAAAAGAUGAGGCGAUGCAUCAUUUUGAGUACUUGUUAGAUGACGACCAAGCUGAAAUCGCCGAUUUAAACUUUGAAGCUGGUAAGCAAUUGCAGGAAUAUGGUUACUAUGAGGAGGCAUUGACAUUUCUCACUCGUGCAUUUGGAAAUGAGGAAUUGGUAUCCAGUUUUGAUCUAGUGACAUUGUUGGGAAAGUGUUAUUUUGAGAUUGCCGACUAUGCAGAAGCGAAAGAAGCUUACGAAGAAUUGUUGAGCCAUUCGCCAAACAACGUGGAUUUCAAAUUAGCUCUCGCUGAAACAUUGUAUCACUUGGGAGAUGAUGCUCGAGCCGAGGCAUUAAUCAAUGAGGUUCAAAAACGCAAUAGGAAAAGUUGGCAAAGGGAAAAAGCUGUGGACGAAGUUGGGGAGGCCGAGGGAUUCUCUUUGAUUAGAAAUAAGAUUCGCAAAACUCCCAAAAGGACCAAAUUAUCAGAGCAGGAAAAAGAAGAAAUAGAAGCUAAUGCCAAGAGGAAAGUAUUGGAAAAAUAUGGUCGUAUGGAAAGGCUACAGGAGUCAAUGAACUCGGGUGAUCGGAUAGCCAUUGCUGCAUGGAUCCAGUUGGCAUCACAGUUGAUUGAAAUGUUUACCAGUAUCAAAAGUUUUUUUCCUAAAGAUAGAUCAAGGAGAUUUAAAGGUAUCAUACGGUAUCGUACUCGUAAAGACAUUGAUUUGGAUGAAAAAUUGGCUCGUGCUUAUAAUUUGCUAGAAGGCUUCAAUUUAGAGGAGACCUUCACUCGUCAAACUUUGGUUUCGAAAACCGAGUUUAGAGGAUUGACAUAUGAUCAAUGGUUUGAUAUAUUUGCUCAAUUUGGACUAGUCAUGUCCAAAUAUGAAAACAAUACUGAAUAUGCCGAUGACAUCAUUAAUGUUGCAUUAUCGGUAAACAUAUUUGUGCAUGAUAAGAGCAAAGAUGCCAUGUUGAGGUUACUAAAACUCAUGUUUGGAAUCAAACAAGAACAAGCAGCAACUACGGUUUUCCACAACAUAAGGACUUUUUUACUUCAAAAUCAGUUUUCACCUUACAUGUGUCGCUUAUUCUUUUGCUGUUAUGCUUCAGGAGCCAUUUUCGCAGAAACUUUUUCAUGUUAUAACCACCAAAAGUUCUUCCUACGUCAAAUCAAAGCGUACGAUUCUUGUUUUAAGCAAGAACACGUUUCGGGUAUGCCCAACAUCACAGCCGAAGUGAGGGAUAUCGAACUAGGCCGUUCCCAUCCUGAUUUAACCUAUAUAUAUGCCAACUUGUUGGGUGGGAAGGGAAGUCAUUCGUCUUUGGUUUUCUACCUCAAUCGGGCAUACAAGUACUUCUCCAAAGACCCAAUGAUUUGUCUUGUACUAGGCUUGGCCCAUGUCCAUCGGUCCAUGCAAAGAUUGAGUUCAAAUAGACACAUUCAGUUGCUACAAGGGAUCAGCAUUUUGUUGGAGUACAAGACGAAUAGACUUUGCAGCACUCCAACAAUCUAUGAGAUACAGGAGGUUGAGUACAAUUUUGGAAGGUUGUUUCAUAUGUUGGGACUAACAAGCCUUGCAGUUGGCCAUUAUAACUCGGUGUUGCGAAUUCUGGAUAAUAAUGAGAAUAUCGAUGAUGAUUACGACUUGAAAUGGGAGGCUGCCUACAAUUUGUCAUUGAUCUACAGUAUCAAUGGUAACUCGCAAAUGUCGCGACACUUGACUGAAAAGUAUUUAGCGAUGUAG